UCAUGAGAACUGAUUCUGUGCACAACAGGGUUCUUAACCCCAACCAUGCUUCUCCUAGAUGCCCGGACCCACAUUCCUCACAGUGUCCUGUUCUUGAUCCUGUUUCUGGGAUUUAAAGGAGCAGCUAUGAAAGAGCUGAAGGUGAUUCAGCCUGAGAAAUCAGUUUCUGUUCGUGCUGGAGGGUCGGCCACUCUGAAUUGUACAGUGACAUCCCUGUUACCGGUGGGGCCCAUUAAGUGGUUCUGUGGUAAAGGAAACAGUCGACACUUGAUAUAUUCUUUCAUAGGAGGACACUUCCCCAGAGUAACAAGUGUUUCAGAUACUUCAAAGAGAUACACCAUGGAUUUUUCCAUCCGCAUCAGUAAUAUCACUCCUGCUGAUGUGGGUACUUACUACUGUGUGAAGUUCCAGAAACGACCAAUAGAUCCUGACAUUGAGAUUCAGUCUGGAGGUGGCACUGAGUUGUUAGUACUUGAACUGAAGACAUCAGGUUAUGCUAAAUUCUUUGCAGCUGUGCUCCUUGGAUCCAAACUACUGCUGGUAAUUGCUGUCAUUGUCAUUUACUGGCACAAGAUGCAAAGUACCUAAAUGGGAACAGCAUGGAAAUAGAUGCUGAUGAGAAGACUCCUCAAAAGACACCAUUAGAAGGACAACUUCAGCUCACAAUUUCCUGUUUUUUUUAUUGUUAUAGGCAUUUGUAUUAUUAUCCCCGAGCUUUAAUGUUGUGCAUAUUGAGUUAUGUUUUUGGUAUCUUUAUUUUCAUUAUUAAAAUAAUUCAAGGAUG